AACUCGUUGACUCAUUUCAGCGGAAAACAGCGCCCUGUUUUUCCCCCAUGCAUUUCCCCCAUGCAAGUUGCUCACCAACAAGAAAUAGUUUAGCAAAUAUUUUUAUUAUUUAAUAUUAAAUUAAAAAGACAUCAGGAUGGACGAAUACCACAACGAGAGCUCGUUCAACACCGAAGAAGUUGAUAACAUUGUCAAAGAGUGUAUUGAGAAUGUAGUAGGCAAAGAUGACUACAACCAGAAUCUGGUGAACAAAUGGACCUCUGCCAUAGUGGAGCGUUGCCUUACACAGCUGGUCAAACUGGGGAAACACUACAAGUUUAUUGUAACAUGCGCGCUGAUGCAGCGAACCGGUGCAGGGCUGCACACGGCAAACUCCUGCUACUGGGACACAGCCAUGGAUGGGAGUUCAACUGUGAGGUGGGAAAGCCGCACCAUGUACUGCGUGGUCAGCGUUUUUGCCGUUGCAAUGGCGUAAAAUGCAAGGUUGCAGUGUGUACCUGGAAAUGAAUGGAGAACCUCGAAGUGGCACUUUCAUACCCCGGCUUAGAGAGCAGAAUAUGGCUAUAAGCUUUUGGGCUAUACUAUACAUAACAUCGAAAAGCAUGAUCAACAAACCUUGCAACAGACAGAAGUUUCAGAUAAUUAAUUUGCAAACUGGUCGGCAGGUUAAAUUUCAUGAUGCACGUUACAUUAAUCAUAUAACUAUCCCAUUCCGUUCUCUUCUAUUUUACUCUAUUGUAUUUUAUUCUAUUCAACUAAAUGAUGUACUUAUCUUUGGCAUGUAAUAUGUCAAAGGAGUAUUUGUGUAUUAAUGAGCUUGUUUUUUCCCUCAAUUAUUAAAAUAAGCAGACCUGAUUGGUAUGAAUUGUAUUUUUACUGUUCUUUAUAUCUUUGACGUGCUUUUUUGUUCAUUUGUGUCUUUUUACCGGUUCUCUUUGGCAUGUUCACAAUAUUUGCACUUUUAGCCCCCCCCUCCACACAAUUCUCUGAAUAGAACAACUAUACCAUUUAUUUUAAUAAACUUUUGAGAAAUCAUCUAAACUGCAGAUUAACUCCUUUAUGGAUUUUUAUUCUUGCAAAUGACUCAAAAUACAAUAUUCAAAAAUAAAGAACAUGUUUCAUAGAAUCAAAUAGCUUGUUAAUAGCUAUAUUUUAAUUUUCAAUAAAAAGGAAAUUUCAGUUUUAAAAUGAUUUUUUUCCCUAUCAAAUUACAGGUUGAAAUCAGAUCUGUUUUUUAUCAUCAAUUUAACAAAACAUCCAUUGAAAUAAAACAAUCUGUUGCUGAUGUUGACGGCUGGACCAUUGCUAUCAGUAUAUCACAGGUUCUCAAUAGGGUAGUGGGUCUGGGCAUAAUGGUGGUCAACAUCAAUUAUGAGCAUUUCUUAACCAUUAAUGUGACUUCUGGUGCUGCAUGGUUUUGCUGAUGGCUUUGUAGUCUGGUUGAUACUUGG